UUGAAAAUCAGAGACACACACACACGCACACACACACACGCACACACACGCACACACUCACCAUAGGGUUUAUAACUGGAGUACACUGGCAAAUUUGGCAAGGAAAGCAAGUGAGAGAGAAACAAAGGAAAAUUUUCAAGCUUCACGAUGCCUCGCUCGUUUUUGGUAAAAAGCAAAAAGUCCUCAUCUUAUAAUGGGCAUCGCUUCGUGGACUCGGAUCCAAACAUCAAAGAACCCAACACAGUUCCAGAGCCUGCCCUAUCAGAACCAAAGGAGCCAGACUCUCCCAAGAGGAUGUCAUUAGAUUCCGUGACAAAACCUGUUCACACAGAACCCUACUCUUACGUGAAGCGUGAAAACAAACCAGAGUGUCCAAUCCCGUUGCGCCCCGAGCAGUCAGUGACUGCUGGCCAGCCUUAUUACAUUUCUGAGCCUCAGAUGGCAGAAUUCCCUCCUUACUAUAAGCCAUCUUAUGCUUGGGAGACCUUGCGUUCUCCGUAUAACUUUAGGCAGCUGGACUUCCACUCGACCAUCCUACAGCACGCAAGUAACCUUUAUGGGUCUGAAUUCAAGCAAAGCCCAGAAGAUCAACAGCCUCUGGAUUGCAGCACACAUUACUCACCUACCUCUGAUACCUACCACUGCAUCACCUGUGACAAGGUGUUCUCAACUCCUCAUGGCCUGGAGGUCCACGUGAGACGCUCUCACAGUGGAACACGACCCUUUGGUUGUAGCAUCUGCAGAAAAACCUUCGGUCAUGCCGUCAGCUUAGAGCAACACAUGAACAUCCACUCUCAGGAAAGAAGCUUCGAGUGCAAAAUGUGCGGGAAGACGUUCAAACGUUCCUCCACCCUGUCCACACACCUGCUGAUCCACUCGGACACCCGGCCGUACCCUUGCCAGUACUGCGGCAAGAGGUUCCAUCAGAAAUCUGACAUGAAGAAACACACCUACAUCCACACAGGUGAGAAACCGCACAAGUGCCAGGUGUGUGGCAAGGCGUUUAGCCAAAGCUCUAACCUCAUCACACACAGCCGAAAACACACAGGAUUCAAGCCUUUCGGUUGUGAGAUCUGCUCCAAGGGCUUCCAGAGAAAAGUAGACCUUCGCAGACACCAUGAGAGCCAACACGGCCUAAAAUGACCCAGAGGGGAAGGUGGAGAUCUGCCUGACAUGAAGGCCAAGACUGUGAAAAAUUCAAUAAGAAAAGUACAACCGAGAUGAGUCACGUGUUCCGUCCUCACAGACGGCGGGUACAAAGGGAUAACAACAUAGCUAUUAACUGAAGUAAUUAUGUGUGUGCCAUGUUGCUCUUUUAACACUUUUAAAGUAGGGCUGCUGGUAAAUUUUGGCCCCUUGACAGGAUCAUUUAUUCUUCAUUUUGAUCUGGGGCCCUUGAAAGCAUUUAAAAUAAUGUUUAAGAUUCUAAUAUUCACUGAUAUUACUACAGAUACAGCUUUCAUAUAUUAUAUUAAUAAUAUUUAUGUGACCUGUACUAUUUAUAAAAUGUUAUUUUCACACCUGUAUCCAAACUGUGUGAAUAUUUUUUUUUUUUAAAUCAAACCUGCCUCUAGUCAAUCAAAUGAAAACAUUUGUAAAUGUGUAACCUUGGAGUGAUUUGGCAAAUCAAAAGCAGAAUGUCAUAUAUGUAUAUGUUUAAAUGUACAAGCUCCGUCUCUCUCUCUCUCUCUCUCUCUCUCUCUCUCUCUCUCUCUCCCCACCCCCCAUCUCUCUCUUAUCUAACAACUGAAAUUGAAAAGAAAGACAAAAAUUGGCCUGGAAAGCUAAGGUUGCGCCGAGUGUGUUUGUUUUCGUGUGUCCGCCCUGUUGAGGAUCCGGAUGCUCAGUUCCCGUUGGCUUUGCAGUCGUUGGUGAACUUUUUUUUUUUGCCAGAGGCAGUAUGAAAUCUCUGUGCACUAGAGUGUCAUAUAAAUGUGUACCUGGAACUCUGGCAUGCAAAUCACUUGUCGAGCAGGUUUGUAAACUUCCAAGGGACUGAAAGAAUGGACUUCACAGUCUAGUGAAAAAAUAAGGAGAAAAAAUUAACUUUAACGUAAAUCCCAUUACACACACACACACACAUGAACACAAGCCAAGUGUUUAAACUUCCAGGAUGACUCAUGUAAAAGAUUUACAUACGUUGUAUAUUUUAGCAAACGGACAGCGUAAACAAGGGGAUGAAAAAAAAUCACCUGGGCUUUAGCUCUCUGAGAGCUCUGGAUAAGACUGUUGGGUUAGCACAAGGGCUUUAGUCCCACUGUUAGAGAACUGUAAGAGAGAGAUUUUGCAGACACUCCCGUCACUCCCAUCAAUCCUGCUUCAGCUGCUUUGACAAACAAAUUCUUAAUGACACCGCUACACACGCACAGGCUUUCUCAAACAAAAGAGACAGUUAGGAAAAUCCCACAUCAGCGUGAUACUCUUUUUCAGACGCUCAAUUUCCUUGUCAUGGUUUGGACUGUUUAUUUUAACAACUGCAAUGAAACUAUGAUUUUUUUUAAAUUGAUUUAGCCUAUAUCUGAAGCUACUCCCCAAGAACCUUGUUCUUCAAACAACAAUCCUAAAAUGAAAAUGAAAUAAAAUUCAGUAUCUGA